ACUAGUCUAUGUAGUAUUUCAACUGUAGAGCUUUCUUCACGUAUUUUUUGGGUUUACAUCAGGAUGACCAUGUUCUGUUUAAGGAACAUUAUUUGGGCUAUGAGGAAUGAAAUUAACUACAAUAGAUGGUGCCAUGUCUCCCGAAAUUUUAGUACAAUAUUUACAUCUACCAAGGUAAAGACAGCAUGCCAUCCAUGGAGUCUGACUUUUUGUAAGAAUCAGGGGCCUUGUACUCUCCUCAGGAAAACCUCCAGUAUGACUUAUGAUGAAACUGAAGGCAAGACCAACAUAAAACACAAAAAAGAAGAUCCCAGAGCCAGGAAAACUAUUGGAAGCAUUGGUAGGAAAAUCCACCAUCGCAUCAUUCAUGUACUUAAUGAAAAUGGAGAAGAUCUGGGAAAUAUCCACCGAGCAGAAGUGAUUCGCAUCAUGGAUGAACGUGGGUUGAAACUGGUUCCUAUGAAGGAGAAUGCUGACCCUCCAGUGUACAGGUUAAUGACUGGGAAGCAGAUCCAUGAGGAACAGAUGAAACUUAGGGAAAAACAGAAAGCAAAUACCAAAUCAGGACCUACCCAAAUUAAAGAACUGACAUUAUCUGCAGACAUUGCAAAGCAUGAUCUGGAGACCAAGAUGAAACAGAUCCAGCAGUGGAUAGAUAAAAAUCACCAUGUCCGAAUUACACUUAGGAAGAGAGCCACUGGGAAUGAGGCUGACAAGAUGGAGGAGGUUAUGAAUCAGAUUGUGGAACACCUGACAGGCAAGGCUACAUUUGUGACCAAACCAAAGAACAUUCGAGAAGGGAUGGCCUUGAUGUGCAUCCUACGGCACAUGUCCCAGAAGGAAAUCAGUGAAUAUAAACGGCAACAAAAACUCGCUGAGGACCAACAAGAAACUAAAGACAUUUCCACAGAUGUUUCUGAAGUGAAAGAAACAGUUGAUAUUAAAUAGUAGCCAUAAUUAAAUAAAAAAAAAAAUUGUUAUUAUGCACAUCGUUGCAACAAGACUGCUCUCCCUCCAUUUGAAGGGUUUUGGAUCCUUAUCCAUAUCUAACAGUAUAAAGUGGAUUUUAGGGCAAGGGAUACUUUAGCAGUAAAUCAGUAACUGGUUUGUUCACUAAAUGUUGUUUUGUCAUAUUUUUGCAUAACUGUCUUUUCCUGAAAAGGUUGGUAGUGUUGUGUUAGCAGCGGUACUACUAUUUGGUGCCAUAAGGGAUCCCAUCUACAAGAUGGAUGCGUCCUUUUUGAUUCUUAUCAUUCAAAAACUAUUAAUCAUGCAGCUGUAAUUUCUUCCUGAGUGUGGUGUUGGUUCUUUGCUAGUAGAAAUAAUUGUAUUUACCCCUUUUGUUUUGAAUAGAUUUUUCACUCCAUUUUCAGUAAAAGAUUUAUUGUCAUCAAAAGGAUAUAUAUUACCCUUCCUUGGCUUUCUAGGUCAGUAUUGAUGAGAGAUGGCUGCCAAUGACAUCUUCAUCUAUCAGACAUGCUAUCUUUGCCUCUUUUUUUCAGUUUGUGCUGGUUUUAACUUGUAUCAGUGACUAAAGUCUAUGAAUGAUUUGUACUAUGGUACAUUAUUUACUGUCUCAAAUGUCUGUGAAUAUUUGACUUGUUGCUACAUUGUUAUUGCUGCAUUAUACGCUCUGUUAUGUACUCUUAAUAUGAUUUGCAUCAGUGUUGUUCAUGGGCCAGUGGCACCACAAUUCAGGGUUUUGUGUUAGUCGUUGAUUACUAUGUGGAGUUUGCAUGUUUUCCCUAUAUGUUCGUAGGCUCUCUCCUGGUACUAUGGUUUCUUCCUACCCCCCCCCCCCCCAAAAAAAAAGAACAUGCUGGUAGAUUGGCGGUUACAAAAAGUGACCUUAUAUUGCAUUGCCCACACCAUUUGGCUUGGGUCAUGGCUGGAAAGGGUUCAUGAUGACCAGUUCACUUACAAGGUAACAGGUAAAUGAAAAAUAUAUUAAAUUACCAGUUUAUUUGUACUUUUCCGUAGUAGUUUGUUGGUCUGUAGCUGCUAUGUUCUGAAGCUUUGUUUUGUUGGAUUUAAAUGCCCUUGUAAUUUGUCUUUGUUUAGACCCUCUAGAACUACUGGUCUGGACUGGCCUUGCUCAGAUGAUAUACAGACUCUUGAGGGAUGAUCUCUGCUUAGCUUUUUGUGCUGUGAACAACUCUGUACUCUUUGAACUCCUUCACCUAAAUAGAUAUCAAGUUGUAAAGCAGAUCUCUUCUAAAGGCUAGAUGACCUGACCGAUACCUAACCCAGUGUAUCACCAUUUCCUGGAAUAGGCUGCCCUUGAGUAUCAAGCAGAGAAUUUUUCUAGUAACCUUUAAAACCAGUCUGGCUGACUGGAUUGGUGGUCACAAAUUUUCACCAGGAAUAUGUGGAGAAGGUCAAGUUAACAGGGGAACAUUUCUGUUUAUCCACCAGUUUUGGAUGAUGUAUCUGAACUUUUUGAUGGUCUACUUUAGGUGUAAACUUAGUAUGAAACUAUGUGAUCUACAUGGUAUUUUAUUUUAGGUUUGGAUUUUAAUUUGAAGAUGUCAAGUAAGAUUUGCUUGAUGAGUCAGAAUGAGUUGUGCUGCUUAUGUGUUACUUAGUUCUUUACUGACAGUAACAGGUCAUGGAAAGUACAUCACUGGUUCUUCUCUUUGAAGUGAGACUGAUACGCCUUGUAAUUCUGGAGACAUUUAAAAAGGCUUUUUUCAUGGGCUCCGUACUGUAUUGCAAGGAUAAGAAUUGUGAAUCAUCAUAAUUACAGAGCCUGAGAUAGUUGUGCAUGUCUCCUUUACCCUAACCUGCAGAAAUCUUAGCAUUUGUAUAUUUACUGAUGGGGAGUUUUGGGACAAAGUCUGCAUGGGAGUUGGGGGAAUUACAGGAGAGCACAGUUUCCUGCCAAGACACAUCAGAAAUCCAACCAGUGGCACAACAUGUAGCAUGCCAGCCUUUGAUGUUGGAAGAUCAAAUUAUGAUUUUAUUCCCACACCAGGUGCUUGUGUUUAUUGACACUGAAUUGCAGUAUAAGACAGUUCUGCACUCUGUGAGGUACCAUCAUUUAAAUGAGACAUUAAACCAAGUUUGAAAAUA